AUGGUGUUUAAUGACUGUUGGAGCCCGUCUUGUACGUCGACCUUAGCAUCAGGCGACAAGGAUGACACGAUGCCAGAAGCGGCCAAGCGCCACACCAUGCCGCCGCAGCCGGCGCCACGACCCACCACUAUAAAGGACAAGCUCAGACGGCGCUCGGGAGGCGCGGCCUCCGCGUCCUCCGCCUCCUCGCUGGAGGGCGAGUACUACGCCGAUACAAAGAAACCACCUCCCGGUGCCGUGAAGGUGAUGCCGACUGCUCCUGACAAGAAGAAGGAAGAGAAGUUAGCCGAACGAAAACCAGCGGAGAAUGGUACCGACACGACCAGUGAUCCUGGAAUCACGAACAAUAUUAUAGAAACGCCGAAAAAAUCAAAGGGAGGCUUCGGAUUAUUCGGUAAAAAAGAAAAAUCACCUAAAGAUGACAAAUCUAAAAAAGAGAAAUCUCCCAAGACGAAAGAUAAAUCUGAAAAAUCUCCCAAAGACAAGUCGCCGAAAGAUAAAGAUAAGAAACUUAAAGAUCCUAAAGCUAAAAUUGCGAUGCUCGACACGUCGAACGAUAGUUCCAACCUGGAUAGCUCUAUUGAUAAAACCCCUUCGAAAGUUGAAGAUAAACCGAGCUUUACUAAGCCAUAUGAAUACACUGAUACAGAGAAAAGCCCAACACGAAAACCGUUUAUUCAAGGGGCGUUUAGUUAUGAAAAAGAACCAAUUUCUGAUGAAAAACAAAGAGGUUUGGAUGAUAAUCAAAGUCCGGGAACUAGGAAAGCCGGGCUUGCCUUCAAUUAUGCUCCUGGAGAAGACAAAAGGGUUGCUGAAAGCGCUGAGAAGAGAAAGACGCCUGAAGACCCAAGCAAACUUAAGACACCUGGUAUCGAUUAUGUACAAUCAGCAGCUUUGAAAGAACAAGCCAAGACUCCCAGGUCAGACUUGAUUGAUCCAACACUAGCGUUGUUGGAUGCUGAAAGAGCUCACCAUGAAGCACCCAUUGCUAUAGCGCCGGUGCCAACUAAAGCCGAUAAUGAAAUCCAAGUUGUAAUAAUAACUGGUAGAUACAAUCCUAAGACUAAAAAGUUGGAUGACGCCAAUGGUACAGUUCUCGUAACAAAGGGAACACUGAACAAAGCCACCGGCAAGGUUCAAACUGAAAAAGAACUCAUCAAUACUAAAACUGGACAAGUUAAUUAUACUGAUCCUGCCACAGGUAAACAAGAAGUUAAAAAUGGACAUGUUGAUUCUAAGUCCGGCCAUAUAUUAUUUUCAUCUGGCGUUAUUGAUCCAAAGACUGGUAAAUUAGACCCCACAUUAGCGCAACAAUAUUGCUUCGUAGAAAAACUGAAUGACAAAGUUGGUGCUAAACCUGGCAGAGAAGUUGACCUUGUUGUAAUUACUGGUAAAUAUGAUGGAAAGCAUAAGAAAUUAGACGCGUCUCAUGGGCAUGUUGAGGUAUCUAGAGCCAUUGUUGCACCAGAUGGGACCGUUCAUUCGAAUUAUGGUCUAUUAGAUCCUCGCAAUGGUAGAAUUGAUUAUAUUGAUCCUAAGACGGGCAAACAGGAUCCUAAACAAGCGUAUGUUGAUUUGAAAACUGGCAACCUUCUCGUUACAACUGGCGUUUGUGAUCCCAAGUCCGGAAAAACCGACUCUUCACUAGGACAACAAUACAGCGUAGUCGAGAAAGACGCUACAAAAGCAAACAGAGAAGUAAGGUUAGUCGUCGUCACAAGCAAGUAUGAUUUGAAGAAUAAGAAACUGGAUCCGUCCUUUGCUCACGUUGAUUCCAUCAAGGGCGUACUGAGUGGAGCAGAUGGGAAAAUAUAUACUGAAUAUGGUGUUAUUGACCCUAGAACGGGUGAUAUCUCAGUGACUGAUCCCAAGACGGGUAAGCAAGAGGUCAAACGUGCUACAGUGGACCCGAAAACUGGAAAUAUUCUCUUAUUAUCAGGUGUUAUUGACCCCCGAACUGGACGGUUAGAUACAACGCUUGGUCAGCAAUAUAGUAUUGUAGAUAAACCUACAUCGACGUUUGCAACGUUACCAGGAAGAGAAGUCCAAGUUAUCGCUAUAACUGGAAAAUACGAUACUAAGAGCAAGAAACUAGAUAAUCCCAAUGGAUUCAUUGAAACAUCUCAAGCUAUAAUUAGUGACAAAGAUGGUAAGGUUCACUGCAACUUUGGUGUUAUGGAACCAAAUACUGGAAAAAUUUAUUAUACAGAUCCAAAAACUGGUAAAAGGGAUUCGAAACAAGCGACAAUCGAUCCUAAAACUGGUAGUUUCCUACUUACUUCAGGAGUUAUCGACCCAAAGACAGGAAAAACUGAUUCUUCUCUUGCUCAGCAAUUAGCUGUUGUUGAUAAAGAUGCUCCUAAAGGUAUUCCUGAAAGGCAUGUCAAUUUGGUCAUUGUCACAUCUAAAUAUGAUCUAAAGAAUAAGAAAUUGGAUCUAUCAAAUGCCCACGUUAAUACUAUUCCUGGAACAAUCGACGAUAAUGAUAAAGUACAUACUGAAUUGGGUGUCAUCGAUCCAGCUACCGGGCAAAUAACGGUGACAGAUCCUAUUACGGGCAAGAAAGAAAUAAAAAAGGCCACCGUGGAUGCCAAGACGGGUAAUAUGCUACUUACUUCAGGUGUCAUCGAUCCCAAUAGUGGCAUCAUUGAUCCCACAUUAGGCCAGCAAUACACGGUAGUUAACAAACCGAAGGAUACCUUUGCUACUGUGCCGGGCAAAGAAGUACAACUAGUGAUUAUAACCAGCAAAUAUGACCCCAAAUACAAACGACUUGACAACCCUAAUGGUCACAUUGAGACAUCUCGUGCUAUUGUUGCUCAUGAUGGAAGAAUUCAUUCAAACUUUGGUAUAUUAGAUCCUAGGACAGGAAAACUGGAACAAAUAGAUCCUGUGUCAGGUAAUACAGAAGUAAGAAAUGCUGUAGCUGAUCCUAAGACUGGUCAUCUCAUCUUAACAAGUGGUGUAAUUGAUUCGAAAACUGGAAAACUAGAUUCAUCGCUGGCUCAGCAAAUUAGUAUCGUUGAUAAGGAUGCAAAGCCCAUAGAAAGAGAAAUUCACUUAGUCAUUAUUACAACUAAAUAUGACCCAAGAUCAAAGAAGAUUGAUCCAAGCUUAGGUACAGUAGAAACUGUUAGUGGAACAGUUGGUCCAGACGGAAAGAUCCGCACAGAGUUUGGUACAGUCGAUCCAGCGACAGGAGAAAUUAUUAUUACUGAUCCAAAGACGGGCAAACAAGAAAUCAAAAAAUCUGUCAUAGAUCCGUCCACUGGUCACAUGUUGGUCACAAGUAACGUUGUUGAUCCGAAAACUGGAAAAGUUGAUCCAAUUCUAGCACAACAAUAUAGUAUUGUCAAUAAGCCUGUUGUGCCACAUGCGAAACCAGCUUCCAGAGGAGAAGUUCGUCUUGUUAUUAUAACUAGUAAAUUCGAUCCCAAAACUAAAACGGUUGACGCAGGGGCAGGCACUGUUGAUGCUGCCAAGGGAUAUGUUAGUGUUGAAGAUGGAAAAAUACAUACUGACUUCGGUAUUAUCGAUCCUAAAUCUGGUCAAGUACUUUAUAAAGAUCCUGUAACUGGCAAACAGGAAUUAAAACAGGCUGAAGUUGAUCCUAAGACAGGAAACAUUUUAGUCACUUCUUCGAUUAUUGACCCGAAGACCGGCAAAGUAGACCCCUCAUUCGCUCAACAAUUAGUGAUUGUUGAUAAGCAGAAUGUACUGUCUAACGUUGCGCCAGUAUCUCAAAGAGCUAGUUUACCUCCAGCUAGACAAACUCCUUCUCCUGUAAAAACUCCCACAACUACGCCAGUUCAAACACCAUUGCAAUCACCAGUACGUACAUCUGCACCCAUUGUAAGCCAAAUGCAAAAAGCAUCACCAAUCACUUCAGUUCGUGCGAUGACUCCAACUAAACCAACAACUGCACCUCCUCAGCCACCCAGGAAGAAGAUAGUUAAAAUCAUGGUUAUCUUUACCAGACUUGACCCUAAAACCAAAAAACCUGAUUUCCACACUGCAGAAGUUGAACAUCUUACCGGUGUACUUGAUCCCAACGGCUUAGUUGAAACUAAAUAUGGUGUUAUAGAUUCUAAAAGGGGUAGCAUUGCUCUAACUGAUUCUGCCGGUCAGAGGCAAACUAAAGAGGGAUUAAUUCUAAAUGAAACUGGACAAAUAUUUAUUAACUCAGGAGGCAUCGACCCUAAAACAGGAAAAAUAGAUUCUAAUAUUGGCAUGAUUGUCAGUAUUGCUAAGCAAGAUGAUCCUGUAGUCGAAAUUACAACUAUAACUGGCCCUGUUGAUGCUAGGACUGGUAGAAUUAACAUUGAAGAUGGUGUUGUUGAACACACUAAAGGAAAAGUUGACGCCGAGACUGGUAAUAUAUCAACCAAAUAUGGCGUGAUUGAUCCCUCCAAUGGAGUCAUAUUUGUAACCGACGUUUAUGGAGGUCAAGACGCUAAAACUAUUCAAAUAGAUGAAAAUAAUGGACAAAUAACUGUAAUCGGUGUUCUAGAUCCUAAGACUGGAAAAGUUGAUCCAAAGCUUGGGCAAGUACUUGUAGUUGGAAAUCAUAUCGAUCCAGUUGUUGAAGUUACAACAUUUGCAGGUAAAAUGGACUCUAAGAAAGGUAUCAUUGAGGCAAAGAAUUCUGUCAUUGAAAGCAGUACUGGUCAAAUUAAUCCAGAUAAUAAUAAAAUUGAUACUAAGUAUGGACAGAUAGAUCUUGUCAAAGGUACUGUUACGUACAACGAUCCUAAGACCGGUAGGUUUGAGAGCAAGGAUCUUAAAGUUGACCCAAUCACUGGUCAAUUCUUGUUACGCAGUGGACAAGUCAAUCCUAAAUCUGGAAAACCAGAUAAAGAUAUUGGCAGAUUGAUGUGUCUUAGAAUUAUCCAAACUAAGAUUGAUCCUGUUUCAGGCAAGCAUAUUGUUUCUAAUGAUCCGAAACACGUUAAAGUUGAUCCAAAAACAAAUCAAAUUUGGAUCGCUGGACCAAAAGAUCCCAAGAGUGGAGAAGUACUAUAUACAGCAGGUCAAAUUGAUCCAAACACAGGAUACAUCAUUACCAUUUACGGUCGAAUGGAUCCUAAAACUGGAACGAUCACUAGAGCGACAGACAUUGACAAAUCUCUUAUUAAAAUCGAUCCAGUUAAUGGACAAAUUUACACAGCAACUGGAGAUGUUGAUGAAAACAAUGAACCCCUUUAUUCAGCUUCUCAAGUUGACCCUGGAAGUGGCGAAAUUUAUACAAAAGUGGGCAAAAUCGACCCCCGAACUGGUAAACUUAUCAUUAUCAAAAUAUACAUUAUUACACAAAAAGAUGAGAAAGGCCGCGUUAAAGAACUUGAUCCCAAAGAAUGUACGAUUGACGAAACGACAGGUAGGAUAAUUACAACCAAGACCGUAUAUGUCUACCAGAUUAUCGAUCCAGUUACUGGCGAGACCAUUGAUGUCGACCCUGACGAUCCGAGACUUAAGGGAGCGCGCACAACUGUGACUCAGACUAUGACGUUAUCCGGAAAAAUAGAUCCUGUUACGGGAAGAAUAAAGACAGAAUACGGUGAUAUCGACCCUGACACGGGUGACAUAGACCCUAGCACUGCCGUACGGGACCCAGUAACUGGUCAGCUGAUAUUGCACUAUUCACAAAUCGAUCCAUCACACUUCGAAGAUAAGAGCGGAAAUUAUACAAUCGAAAAGGAGACUCACGAUUUACCGGCAAAUAUUGACAUCCAAACCGUAAAUACACAUAAAUUCUCAACUUUCGGCAAAGACGAGAGUCCAGCUCGGGGAGAUGAACCUAAGACGUUCACAGAGUAUACAACGAGCGAGCACAUUAAGCACCAAGGUUACGUUUCGUCCUCCACCCCCCUAUCCUCAAAGAUCCCGAUUUCACAGCGAUCCAAGAAAACCCCAACCCCGCCGGUGGUCGUCAAAACAACCACUAAGCAACUGCUCACGAAGAAUGACGAGGGAGUGACGCACAACGUAGAACAGGAGGUGGAAAAUCUGGGUACUGGUGAAGUCACCUUCUCGACCCAUACGAAUAAGGCGGAAAGCUUAGAGCCGAUGGAGGGGAAAAGUCCUUACGUGACCGCGAGGGCAGUGACCACCAGGACCGCGACCACCCUUCAUGAUUUGGACACAAAGGCAAAAACGCAGCAAAUGGAGGAAAAAACAGUCGCACACACACUGACGUCUUCCGCUACCAGGCAGGAGCAAAGGGUUCUGACCCAAGAAGUUAAAACCACCGUCACUACAGGAGAUAAGCUUACUAGGCGUGGCUCAGAGAGUUCUUUGAGCAGCGGCGACUCCGGCACUCCCAUAGACUUUGAAGAGGGCGCAGAGGGACAUUAUUAUGUCACUGAGCCGGGCUCGUACCGCACUACGACGAGCUCGACCGUGAUGGGCAACGCGCCUUUCGGCACUAUGGUGCACGGGGCUGCCGCAAGGAUGAGCACCGGCCCGCCGGCGCCCAGCCCGCCGCCCGAGGCCGAGGCGGCGGAGGGCGAGGUGGUGUCCUCGCAGACCAUCAGCUCCAAGACGCGCACCGUCGAGACCAUCACAUACAAAACGGAGCGCAACGGCGUGGUGGAGACGCGCGUGGAGCAGAAGAUCACCAUCCAGUCCGACGGCGACCCCAUCGACCACGACCGCGCGCUCGCUGAGGCCAUACAGGAAGCAACGGCCAUGAACCCUGACAUGACGGUUGAGAAGAUAGAGAUCCAACAACAGAGCACGCAGCCG